GUUUUCUACAGCUGGCAGCAGCUGGUGUUGUAUUUCACACAGGCUGUGCUAGAAACGACGUGAGUCGGUCUGACAGUACUUUCAGUGUUCCUUUGCUGAAAUUUGACGCGACAGAAGCUGCUGGCAGUAGAUAGAAACGAUCGCUGUCUCAGAGAUUGUUGAUUCAGAUAAUGUAUGCCUUUAUCUCAUGAAUGAUAAUAGUUCAAUACGCGGAUGUAGCUCGUGCGGUACGGUCGGUUUGUACACUCCAUCAACAGAAUGCAGUAGAGCUCUUACGGUCAAACGGAAGCAGCGAAAAUGGCGGAGAAACGACCCGCGGUACAACUUAAACCGGGUAAGGUAGUGGGAUUGAAAGCGGUUCUUCCCAACGGAAGUGAAUGGUUUUGUUACAAAGCAAUACCGUACGCGCAACCACCUGUUGGAGCUCUUCGGUUCAAACCACCGGUGCCACUGGAGAAAUUCGAUCGUCACAUUCUGGAUUGCGGCCGCGAGGGGAACGUGUGCCUGACUAACAGUUACAUUCCACCAAAUGCGGUUGGCUCAGAGGAUUGUUUGUAUGUGAAUGUAUACACACCGGUUGCGCCACAGGAUUGUUUGAGGAGUAGAUUACCGGUUAUGAUAUGGAUCCAUGGUGGUGCUUUCUGUAGUGGGAGUGGUGAUUCCUCAAUCUACAAUCCCAGACAUUUGGUGCAAGAAGGAGUUAUUGUCGUAACAUGUAACUAUCGCCUAGGCCCGCUGGGGUUUUUGUGUCUCCCUUCAUUCCAGAUCUACGGAAAUAUGGGUUUGAAAGAUCAACGGCUUGUGCUGAAAUGGGUUCAUGACAAUAUUCGAUUUUUUGGCGGUGAUCCAAACAAUGUAACACUGUUUGGUGAGAGUGCUGGGGGAGCUUCUACCCAUUUUCACUGCCUCUGCGAGGAGUCAUCUAAGUAUUUCCAUAAAGCAAUUUGUCAGUCAGGAGUUGCAACAAGUUCACUGGUGCUACAGAAAGAUCCCGAAGUCAAGGCUCGUCGAUUGGCUCAGUUUCUUGGCUGUCGGGGGAAUACGGAUCGAGAAAUUUACGAAUUCCUGCAUUUCGUAUCAGCCGAGGACAUUGCUUUCCACCAGAAAGGUGCUCUUACCGAGUACGAGCAAACACUGGAUUCUUUAUACCCUUUCAAACCAGUCAUCGAGUCGUCGGAUUCCGAGAAUCCCAUUUUGACCGAGAGUGUCUUAGAUGUUCUCAUGAAACCAAACAGAAUCUCAAUUCCAAUAAUUUUUGGAGUUACCAGUGAAGAAGCCGCUUACAAAGCAAACUCAUUGUUAAAUAAUAUUGACAAGUAUAUAAAGGAACCGGCAAGGUUUGUACCUGAAUCUCUGUGUAUUCCCGAAGAUCUGAUGAAUCCAGUGGCUCGAAAGAUUACCAAAUUCUAUACUGGCGAUGCGGAGCCAACCCAGGAUAAAGCUUACGAUUUAACGAAAAUUUUCUCCGAUAAUUUUUACGUUAUUCCAACGCUUUUGGCGCUAGAAUUGCACAGCAAAUAUCAACAAUCGUCACCCCUCUACUUCUAUCGCUUCGCGAUGGAAUCGGAGUUGAACAAAUUUCGAGAUUUGUGGAAUGUGCCGGAAAAUUUUCGUGGUGCCUGUCAUGCCGACGAUAUCUGCUAUCUGUUCAGCUCGUCAUUUUUUUACACCAAAGCAGUCAAAUCUGGUAGCAGGGCAGAUCAGAUGCGAACCGUAGUCUGCAAAUUGUGGACUAAUUUCGCCAAGACAGGAAAUCCCACACCGGAAGGCUGCGGGCUGAGCUUUGUUUGGAAGUCAUACGACCGUCUCAAUGUCAACUGCCUUAAUCUAUCGGACACGAUCCAAAUGAUGGAUAAACCUUACCAUGAAAAGUUAGAGUUUUGGAGGGAUCUUUACACCCGGUAUAAUGGCUCUUUUUUAAUGCCAAAACUAGUUUGAUGCUUGAAGUUAUUAGUGCGAAUAACGUAAGGCGCUUUCAACACACAGUGGGUACUAAAAACGAGAAGGAUAGGCAAAUUUCGGAGCAGCUUCAAUGUCGAAUAUUAUCUUCCACAUUUGAAAUGAACAUCAUUAACACAUGUUAUGUAUUUGAUGUGACUAUGAUCAGCACCCGUUCCAGGAAAUUGACCAUAACUCGGUUGAGUUAUGACAGAUUCUAGAUAUUCUUGUAUAUUCAAUAAAACAAACCAUUUGAACGGUGCAAGAAGAAUUCAAAUUAUACCUCACGGUACGUUGUCUAUCCUACUCAUUUUUCGUACCCGGUAUAUAUUAUGUUCCGUAAUAUCACCCCAGAAACCGGAACAACAAUGUGAUAUAGUUCUCACGGGUUAGAAAACUAGCACAUACGAAAUAGGUUUAAAAUAUUUAUGAAGCUGUUAAAUAAAUUAAAUCAUUGUUACCACUGCUAA